CUCCCUGCACACGUGGUGUCACCCGUGCUGCUUCCCGCUAGCCCCGGACCGAGCGCCUGCCAUCAUGGCUCCCGGCCAGCUCACCUUGUUCAGUGUCUCUGAUAAAACCGACCUUGUGGAAUUUGCAAGAAACCUGACCUCUCUUGGUUUGAAUCUGGUCACUUCCGGAGGGAUUGCAAAAGCUCUCAGGGAAGCUGGUCUGGCAGUCAGAGAUGUCUCUGAGUUGACAGGAUUUCCUGAAAUGUUGGGGGGACGUGUGAAAACUUUGCAUCCUGCAGUCCAUGCUGGAAUCCUGGCUCGCAAUAUCCCAGAAGAUAAUGCUGACAUGGCCAGGCUUGAUUUCAAUCUUAUAAGAGUUGUUGCCUGCAAUCUCUAUCCCUUUGUGAAGACAGUGGCUUCUCCAGGUGUGACUGUUGAGGAGGCUGUGGAGCAAAUUGACAUUGGCGGGGUAACCUUACUGAGAGCUGCAGCCAAAAACCACGCUCGAGUGACAGUGGUGUGUGAACCUGAGGACUAUGUGGCAGUGUCCACAGAGAUGCAGAGCUUCGAGAGCAAGGGCACCUCCUUGGAGACUAGACGCCAGUUAGCCUUGAAGGCAUUCAGUCAUACGGCACGAUACGAUGAAGCAAUUUCAGAUUAUUUCAGGAAACAGUACAGCAAAGGCAUAUCUCAGAUGCGCUUGCGGUAUGGAAUGGACCCUCAUCAGACCCCUGCCCAGCUGUACACACUGAAGCCCAAGCUUCCCAUCACAGUUCUAAAUGGAGCCCCUGGAUUUAUAAACCUGUGCGAUGUUUUGAACGCCUGGCAGCAGCUGGUGAAGGAACUCAAGGAGGUGUUAGGUAUUCCAGCCGCUGCAUCUUUCAAACAUGUCAGCCCAGCAGGCGCCAUUGUUGGAACUCCACUCAGCGAAGAUGAGGCCAGAGUCUGCAUGGUCUUUGAUCUCUAUAAAACCCUUACACCCAUUUCAACGGCAUACGCAAGAGCAAGAGAGGCUGAUAGGAUGUUGUCAUUUGGCGAUUUUGUGGCAUUGUCUGACGUUUGUGAUGUACCAACUGCAAAAAUUAUUUCCAGAGAAGUCUCUGAUGGUAUAAUUGCCCCAGGAUAUGAAGAAGAAGCCUUGACAAUACUUUCCAAAAAGAAAAAUGGAACCUACUGUGUUCUUCAGAUGGACCAGUCUUACAAACCAGAAGAAAAUGAAGUUCGAACUCUCUUCGGUCUUCAUUUAAGCCAGAAGAGAAAUAAUGGUGUCGUCGACAAGUCAUUAUUUAGCAAUGUUGUCACCAAGAAUAAAGGUCUGCCAGAGUCUGCCCUCCGAGGCCUCGGCAUAGCCACCAUUGCUGUCAAGUACACUCAGUCCAACUCCGUGGGCUAUGCCAAGAACUGGCAGGUUAUGGGCAUUGGAGCUGGACAGCAGUCUUGUAUACACUGCACCCACCUUGCAGGAGAUAAGGCAAACUACCGGUGGCUUAGACACCAUCCACAAGUGCUCUCGAUGAAGUUUAAAAUGGGAGUGAAGAGAGCAGAAAUCUCCAAUGCUAUCGAUCAAUACGUGACUGGAACCAUUGGUGAGGAUGAAGACUUGACAAAGUGGAAGGCCCUGUUUGAGGAAGUCCCAGAAUUACUCACUGAGGCAGAGAAGAAGGAAUGGGUUGACAAACUGAGUGAAGUUUCUGUCAGCUCUGAUGCCUUCUUCCCUUUCAGAGAUAAUGUAGGCAGAGCUAAUAGGAGUGGUGUGGCGUACAUCGCGGCUCCCCCCAGCUCUGCUGCUGGCAAAGUUGUGAUUGAGGCCUGCGAUGAACUGGGAAUCAUCCUCGCUCAUACGAACCUUCGGCUCUUCCACCACUGAUUUUAUCACACCCUGUUUUAUGGGUUGCUUAUAUGUAGGUGAAACUUUGAGAAUAACUUUAAAAAAAAAAAAAGUACAUCUUAAAAA